AGGAAACAGAUCAAGAUUUAUAUCAGACCGAGUCCUGCUGAUUUGAAAGCAAGCGCUGACUUCACAGAAAACUCGCCUGCGGCCGACAAUCACAGCGUGCAGCAAUAAGAAUUCAGCAAUGUUCCAGUCAUACUAUGGUGCUCAAGCAGCCCCUACUAAUGUAGGAAACCAUCAGAACCAGUGGGCCCCAGAGCCACAGUUCUCCUCCUGCCCCUAUUCUUACUACAGCAACCCGAAUCCGGGCCCCUACCAAGGCAGUGAGCCAUCAACCUGGCCCUGGACUCGAUGGAAGGUUCAAAGUCAUCUGGAGAACUCCAAGUACCACCUCAACCAGACGCAGCAGGUCAAACAGUACCUCGCUUUGGGCAGCAAACUUGCUAGCCAAGCCCAUCCUCACCCAGGACAGGCGCUGGGCACGGUGCCCGUCAUGCGUAAUGGACACAUGCCACCGGUGAGCGACAGCAGCACGCCAGGGAGCCCGGUCACCCUGCUAGCACUAGCCAACAAUCACGACAGCGAGUUUCCAAUGGAUGAAGUUAUUGACGAUCUUAUUGGCCUUGAAAACGGGUUUAAGGAUGGGAGUUUAGAUUGCAUGGAGCCAGGCAUCAUAAUGCAAAAUAAUGUGUCCCUGAACAGCAGCAUGCUGGAGGUGUAUGGCACUGAACAAGAACAUGACACCAGGGUCCUGGCCAAAGAAAGACAGAAAAAAGACAACCAUAAUCUGAUUGAAAGACGACGGCGAUACAACAUCAACUACAGGAUCAAGGAGCUGGGAACACUGAUACCCAAAUCCAAUGACCCUGAUAUGCGCUGGAACAAAGGGACGAUCCUCAAGGCCUCGGUGGAAUACAUUAAGUGGCUGCAGAAAGAGCAGCAACACGCUCGUGAUCUGGAGAGCCGACAGAAGAAACUGGAGCAGGCCAACAGAAGACUCCUGCUACGAAUCCAGGAGCUGGAAAUCCAGGCUCACGCUCAUGGUUUACCCAGUAUGACUGCAUCAGUGGGCACAGUGGAACUCUCAUCUCACCUCCUAAAACAACAGCAGCACCAAACCCAAGUCACAGCGGCUUCUCAGAGCGCCCAGGCCCCACAGAGCACCCAGCCACCCAUUUACACACAAGAGGGCGUAAGCAGCCCAGAAUACACCCAACGGACAUCCUUACCAAGCAUAGUUGGAGAGCAGUCCGACGGCUCCAACACCUACUCUGACCCGCUCUCCCACUUCACUGACUUCUUCUGCAGCACCCUGAAGGAGGAGCACCAGCGGCUGGACGAGAUCCUGAUGGACGACCCGCUCUCGCCGUUCGGGACAGACCCGCUGCUCUCUGCCGGGUCGCCCACCGCCGCCUCUAAAGAAAGCAGCCGCAGGAGCAGCUUCAGCUCAGAGGAAGCAGACGAUCUCUGACUGGACGGCGCUGUCAGACUGACCUCCCGUUUCUAUUGGAUAACAAAGACCACAUGCAAAAAACACAAACAAAUAAAAGGGAGAUUGACUGAUUGAUCCUGUUGACCGUCUGUACAGCAGUAAUAACACUGGUUAUGUAUUAUAUGAUCACUCCAUCCCCAAUGUACAGUUGAAGUCAAAAUUAUGACUCUUUUUUUCCCAGGUGAUGUUUAACAGCAAGAAAUUUUCCAAAGUAUUUCCUAUAAUAUUUUUUCUUCUGAAAAAAAGUCUUAUUUGUUUUAUUUCAGCUAGAAUAAAAGCAGCGUUUAAUUUUUUCAAAAAUCUUUUUAAGGUUAAUAUUAUUAGCCCCCUUAAGCAAUAUUUGCUUAUGAUUGUCUACAGCAGUGUCUCCCUGAUCCAACACACCUGAAUCAACUCACCAGAUCAUUAGAAGAGACUCCAAAACCUGAAGUGAAUGGGUGAGAUAAGGGAGACAUCCAAAAUAUGUUCUGUUGGUGUGCCUCCAGGAACAGGGUUGGGAAACACUGGUCUACAGUACAAUCCAUCGCUAUACAAUGACUUGCCUAAUAACCCUAGUUAAUGUCACUUUAAGAUGAACGCUAGUGUCUUGAAAAUAUCUAGUCAAAUAUUAUUUACUGUCAUCAUGGCAAAGAUUAAAGAAAUCAGUUAUUAGAAAUGAGUUAAUAAACUAUUCUGUUUAGAAAUGUGUUGAAAAUAUAUAUAUUUUCAUUAAACAGAAAUUGGGGGAAUAUAUAGAGGAGGGUUAAUAAUUCUGACUUCAGCUGUAUAUUUAUGAAAGUUGUCAGCCCUUGCUGUGUGACUGGAUGAGAGACAGAUCUGUUGUGCCUUUAUUGAAAGCAGGACAAUUGUUAAAUUAUUACCAGUGAUGCAGAUGUCAUCGUGCUUAGCAAAAGUACAAAAUCCUAACCUCUUUAUAUUUCAUACAUAAUGUAUUUUUCCACAAGCAAACUGUUCAUGUAUUUAUGUUUUAAUCUCUGUAUUCUUAUAAAAAACAUUUCUUAUUCUGUUACUUUUUAUAUAUAUAUAUAUAUAUAACUCUAGGGGUGUGGGAAACACACAAUA